AUGAGUGCUCACGACGGGUCUGGACCUGCCGGGGCCACACUGAGGGAGGGUCGGGACAGUGGGGAUGAGGGCUUUUGGCUUGAUGACCAUGCAUUCAUUGUAUUCGGACGGCAGGUGGAAACAUCUGCCGUACGAAGCGGGACUGUAAUGCUCCUAUUGGACCCUCGCCAGUCCUCUGCAGUCGAGAAGAAACAUGUAACUCCUUUACUAUCGGAGCAGCAGUGGCUUAAGAGAUACUGUGAACUCAAGGGAAACCUCUUGCUAUAUGCACCGCAUUCAGACGCUGCGUUUGAAGGGGCCUUUAUGCUCGAAGAUUUUGUAUUCAAGCUAUUCCCUCCGUCGCGAGCCCUCGCCAUGGGACUGAUCCCGAGGCUACCAGCUGAAGACACAGAGGGCGAACACACACGAGACAGCACAGUUCUCGUAGGAACAUCUCGGCAUGAUGGCGUGUACGGCAAAUUUCUGAAGCCUCUAGUAAUGAUGCUGGAUACGCAGAGGGCUGCAGCGGCAUGGAAGCUACAGAUGGACAGCUGUAGCGCCUCUAAGAUGCAGCAGAAAAUCAAGGAAUUAGAGGCUUUGCUCGAAAGAGAAAGGGCUGCAGUCGCACGAGAAAGAGAGGCCACGGCGGUAAUUACUAAGCAACAAGAACUCGCGCUCAUGGAAUCAGAGGGAUCCAAGAGAACGCUGUUGCUGGAGAUUGAACGUCUAGAACAAAGAAAUCAGAGGCUGCAGGCUUCUGGAGAGGUCACUGAAAAGGCAGCGGCAGAGUUUGUUGAUCAGAAGGCUCAUGAAAUCUCUUUCCUUCAAAACGAGCUGGCAGCGCAACUUGCUGGAAGCAAACGACUGGAGGAGGAGGUAGUGCAUUUAAGAGAGGUUUUAAGCUCUUCGCAGCAAAAGGCGCAGAUGCUGGCUGCAGAAAACAGUCAGCUGAACUGUAAAGUCUCUGAUUUCCUGAAGGACCUCGAAGACGCCAGAGACAACCCGUCUCGAUUUGCCCUCCUGAUGUCCCGUCUUCGCGCUGCGAACCAGAAGGUGGCCAUUGAGAACAAGCGCAUCAGGGAGGAAAAUAUCUCUCUAACACAAAAUUUCCACCAGCUUGAUGAAAAAUUCAGGCAGAAGGCCCGUAUCAUGCGUCAGAUAGCUGAACGCGGAGACGUCUUUGACUUGCUGCGGAAGUGGCUGAUUUGCAGUGAGCACAAAGUUCGUUUUUAUGAACAGGGAUAUAAAUGGUCUCCUCAGCAGGAAGAGGAUGCACUUGAAAAAAUCGAAGAGCUACAGAGGGCCAUCCGGGUGGCGGAGGCAGCAGCUCGAUCCAGCUACAUAUCUCACCGCGCUUUCCUUUUGGGGGAACAGCUCAAGGCGUGCACGCUUAACGCUUCUCAGGGUGACAUCUAUGCAUUUUUGAAGGAGACCCUUGACCGUUUCGGAUGGCUUUUUGGGGAAGUGGAACCGUACCUGCCUAAGGGGGCGGAUGACCAGGUGGUGCCUUUUUGGAGAGACGCUGGGGACUUGUUGGCGCCCAUUCCUCUGCGGGAGCAAUUAUACCCCUUUGGAGGCCUUGAGGGAGGUCCCCAGCUGAGUCUGGUUCCAGACGUUUGUGUGUUGCGUUCUGUGGAGAAACUGGUGCCUGCUGGAGAGUACCUAAAGCUAAAGAAUAUUCACGCUCUGCUGCAGCUUGAUUUUUCCGAGCUCAAGGAGACAGUGGACAAGCUGAUGGAAUGUAGGACGCAGCUGAGAGACUUAAGGACACAGUGCGCACUCAAUCAGGCGUCGGCGGACUGGAGGGUCUUCGAAACUCACCCCAGGGUUCUCCUUAAAGAGGAGCUUUCGGACGAGGAAAAUGUGGACAAGUAA